UUUUCAAAAGCAGAGCGAGUUUUAAUGAGGUUAAAAUCUCGCCCCAUUGACAUCCAUUGGAACUGCAUGACUCUAAAAGCGAUUUUUGAGUGAACGCAUCACAGACGCCGCCCAUAAGGUCGCAUUGUAUCGAACCCAGAACAGUUUCUCUUUGUUUGUAUCCUGUAGAGACACUUCCCACCGAACUCUUGACAGUAGGAGUCUUUGAUCCACAAUGCGGCCCCCCAAAAUCCUGCUAAUGGCCGCCGUAUCCUGUGUGCUGAUUGGUGGAGGAAACUGUCAAUCAAACUCAUCCGAUGGCUUCCAGCUCUCCGCUGACCCCAGCUCAGGUCACCGGUCUCUGAACCGCGUGACCUCUGACCCCAGAGCUGUCGGGUCGGUUCGUGUCCAGCCGCUGUCGCUGCCCCCGGCGUGUCUGAGGAGGACCUACAUCGAGGGCUUGUUCAAAUACGUCAACACGGUCCUGUCCUGCCUCAUCUUUGUGGUGGGGAUGGUGGGAAACGCCACGCUGCUGAGGAUCAUCUACCUCAACAAGACCAUGAGGAAUGGCCCGAACGCUCUGAUCGCCAGCCUGGCGCUGGGAGACCUCAUCUACAUCGCCAUCGACAUCCCCAUCAACGUCUAUAAGGUAACGAACCAAUCAGAUCACUCCAUCACGUGUGUGUGUGUGUGCAUACCUAGGUAUCGUGCGGUCGUGUCGUGGAGUCGUGUUCAGGGUGUGGGGAUCCCUGUGUCCACGGCUGUGGAGAUCCUGUGUAUCUGGCUGCUGGCUAUAGUUCUGGCCGUUCCUGAGGCCAUCGGCUUCAAAAUGGUCAGCUUCGACUACAACAGCGUCACCAUCCGCACCUGCAUGCUGAAACCAGAGACGCCCUUCAUGACGCUUCAUUAUCAUUUCUUGCUGGUGUUUGAUUACCUGAGUAUAAAUCUGGCCACCAUCAACUCCUGCAUCAAUCCCAUAAUCCUCUACUUCGUCAGCAAGAAGUUCAAGAACUGCUUCAGGUCGUGUUUGUGUUGCUGGUGUUAUCCGGCCGGCUCGCUCUUGAGCAGCGUUGUGCCCCUGAACGGAACCAGCUUCCAGUACAAGAGCCCUGAUCAGAACGGCUUAUCGGACCGGACCGCGCUGCGCAAGGACAGCUACAACUGACCUCAACCACACACACGCUGUUUUAACCCUGACUACAGAGAUAUCGACAAAUAUAUUUAUAUUAUUAUAUCUACUGCACUGGUUAACUAUGUGCAUACUAUUAUGACAAAGAAAGUGCAUCUUUUUUGGUGUAUGCAUCAUAUUUUGUAAACAUAAA